ACCAUUGGACCCGCGCCGUGGAUUCCCGUCUUGGGGAGAUCGGAUCUCAUAUGAGCUUGCCGCGCCCGUGGCGCAAGGGUGCCGAAGUCGCUUUUCCCUUUCCUCUUGUCUUUUUCCCGAAGUCUCCCACUGUCGUCGACAGGGUUUGCGUUGGCAGGGGGUUUCACGUUCAUUGCCAAAAAGAAACACAACUAGGUAUUAUCGCGAUGAUGAAGUCCAUGCUUCUGAGGACAGGCAUCCUGGUAGCAUUUGCCCUGGUGGUAGGGGCAGAGUCAAUAUUCGACACAAAUGCUACGGCAAUUGCCCAAUGGCUCGGUGCUGUACCAACAUGCUCGAUGCCAUGCUUCGCUGAGGUCCUUUCAAAGGGAAGCUGUCAGCUUAAGGGACUUGCGAAAUGUGCCUGCACGAAUGACGACAUCCAACUGAGAGUCUCAACAUGCGUGCAACUGUCCUGUGACUUUGCCGAUCAAGUUGAUGCUACACAGAAAUCACAGGUUUUAUGCUACGACUACCCGAAUCAGCAACGGAAGGGAAGCUACGCUAUAUUCGCCAUCACGCUGCCGGUUAUCACGACAUUUAUCGUGUUGCUCAGGUGUUUUGCCCGCUGGACCGUUGCUCAUAAGCUGUGGUGGGAUGAUUACGUCACACUGCUCGGCUUGGGCUUGCUCAUUGUUCUAUCAGCAUGUGGUGUAGCGAUUUGUUCCCUCGGGUUUGGGAAACAUUACUGGGUCAUUGACCCCAGCAAUGCGAAGCCAAUUUUACAGAUGUUCUAUGCGAUGCAGAUCAUCUAUGUUCUUGUGACUGUUACUGCGAAGAUCACCAUCUGUUGCUUCUACCACCGAGUCUUCCCAAGAAAGCGAUCACAGAUCGCUGCGAAAGCCGCAAUCGUGGUGCUCACCGUCCGCGGACUCAUCUUGGUUUUUCUGAUCGCCUUCCAAUGCAUCCCGCUCACCGCGACCUGGGAUAAGUCUGCCAAGGGACAAUGCCUUAACCUUACGGCCAUCGGAUACGCCGGUGCCAUCUCCGGCAUCGUUGAGGAUGUGGUCCUUCUCAUUAUGCCGAUUCCCGAGCUUCUGCAACUGCAGCUCGGACUUAAGAAGAAGCUUGGCCUGAUCUUUAUGUUCUGCCUCGGCUCAUUCGGUUGCAUUGCCAGCGUUGUUCGACUCAAAUAUUUAGUCUCCUUUGCAAACAGCUUCGACCCAACGUGGGAUAAUGCCGAUGUUGUAAGCUGGAGCGGCGUUGAGGUGAAUGUGGUCGUUGUGUGCGGCAGCCUGGCGGCACUGCGGGCACUAUUCAAUUAUCUCGUACCUUACUUUACUACUGCAAAGGAGGCGACUAGUGAAAGCAUGUACUCCUUACGAGCAGAAAGGAAAGAGGCGGCAAUUGAGGUUUGAAAUUGACUUAGACAAAUAAACAUUUCUCUUCAAAGCUAUGCCGUGACAUAGAUGAAGGCGAGCUUGUAAAGUAGGCCAACAUAGAAGACAAACUGAAGAGGUGCUCCUGCAUGAUGCUAAACUUCCUGAAUGUAUCGCGCAUUCACAGGUAAUCCUCAUAUACC